AUGGGCGAGGUCUACCUCGCCGAGCAAGAGAGCAUCGGCCGCUACGUCGCCAUCAAGACGCUUCGAAGCGACAAGCAAAACAACAGCAACAGCAACAAGCUCUUGCACGAAGCGCGAAUCACCGGGCGCCUCGAGCACCCUCACAUCGUGCCCGUCCACUCACUCGGGGUGGACAAGAGCGGCUUCCCGCUCUACGUGAUGAAGCGCGUGGAGGGCGUCUCGUGGAAGCAAGCGAUCAAGCUCCCCGCGCUGCUCCCCAAACAAUUUCGUGUCGAGAACGAUCCUCUCUCGGCGCACCUCGAGAUCUUCGAGCGCGUCUGUAGCGCCGUGCACUUCGCGCAUACACGCGGCAUCCUCCACCUCGACAUCAAGCCCUCGAACGUGAUGCUCGGCUCGCACGGCGAGGUGUUGCUCGUGGACUGGGGAAUCGCCGUGAGCAUGCGCGAUGAGGAUCGCGGGGAUGUGCCGCUGGUCAUGGAUUUAACCUCGCCAUGCGGCACGCCUGGUUAUAUGGCGCCCGAGAUGGCCGCGCUGCAACACGACGAGAUCGGCCCGGCGACAGACAUCUACCAGCUCGCCGCGUCGCUCCACUACGCGCUGGUGCGAACCUCUCGCAAUCAGGGGAGCGACCUCUACGAUCUGCUGCGUCGCUGCGUUCAGGGUGGCCCUUACUCUUACCCGGAGACCGUGCACCCGGAUCUUGCAUCGAUCCUCAACCGCGCCACGGCGCGCGCUCCCGACGCUCGCCAGGAGAGCGCGGACGCCCUGCGCGCCGAGAUCGCCAGGUUUCGCACGCAGCGCGAGGCGCGCGAGCUGCUCGCGCUGGCGCGCGCUUCCUUGCGUGACUUCCGCGCGUUCCUCGAUGGCUCGCACGAGGAUGAGGGCGCCAUCGUCGCCAUCUACAAACUCUAUGGCGAGCUUCGGUUUGCCAUCCGUCGCGCGCUCGCCAUCAACCCCGAGGAUCGCUCGGGGGAAGAGAUGUUCGUGCAGACGCUGGCGUUGAUGUUUGGCUUCGAGAUCGAGCGCGAGAACCUCUCGGCAGCGCGCGCGAUUCACCGCGAGCUCAAGGACUUCUCCGCGCGCGGCGUCAGCGUUCGCCUCGGCAAACUCACCGAGCUCGAGGCCGCGAUCGAGCAGCGCACCCGACAGCUCGAAGAAUACGAGGAGAUGAAGCAAGACCUCGACAUCAACCUCUCUCGGGGCAAGCGCGCGCUGGUGAUCGCGGCGCUCGCGCUGACCUGGGGCGUGAUCGCUGGCGCCUCGAGGUUGCUCUGGACCUUCGAGUUGAUCGAGUACAACCUGACCAACAUCAUCGCCGUGAAGACCUUCAACACGUUGAUCGGGUUAAGUUUUGUCGCGAUCGCGCCAAAGCUCAUGCAGCUCAAUCGCGUCAACAAACAGAUGCUCGGGAUCCUCUCGCUGGCGUUGAUCUCGGGGCUCUUCGUGCGCAGCGUCUUUUUGUGGAACGACCUCCCGGUGCACCUCUCGCUGGCGACCGAGACGCUGGCCUACCUGGUUUGCAUCCUGACGAUGGCCAUCUUCGUGGCGCCGGUGCUGGGGCUCGGCGCGCUCUUCUUCGUGGUGAGCAUCAUCGGCGUCCUGGCGCUCCCGGAGCGCGCAUGGGAGGUGAUGAUCGCGUGCAACAUGACCGGCCUCCUGACCAUCGGGAUCAUCUGGGGCAAGACCCAGAGCAGCUCCUCCUCCACGGCCACAGCCAAAGAUGGCACGGCCGUGCUCGGUUUCGACAACCUGCUCUACAUCUCACUCGAGUCCAAGCGCGUCCCGGAGCCAGACCAGCAAAAGGUCCGGCGCCUGGGCAUCGGCCUCGCCAUCUUCUUGCGCAUCGCCCUGCUGCUCAUACUCGUCAAGGCGAUCGGUUACUUCCAGGAGCCCUUCUGGAACCUGGAGCUGACCGGCAUCCUGGAGUGGCACAUGACAGGGCACGCCGUGAUCGUCCUGGGCGGCGGCCUCUUCAUCUUGCACACCGCCGUCAAAGAGAUCUCGCACAUGCUCUCGAUCGAACACCUCGAGGAAGGAGGGCACGAAGACUCGCAACGCUCCGUCGGCGUGGCGGUGGCGUGGAUUCUGGUGAUGAACCUCGUCUUUAGCUUCGACUCGAUCUUGAGCGCCAUCGCCAUCGCCAAGGACAAGAUCUGGAUCAUGGUCGUGGCGAUCAUCGUCUCGGGUAUCGCCAUGAUCGCGCUCGCGGACACGGUGGCCAACUUCCUCAAGAAGAACCGCCUCUACGAAGUGCUCGGGCUGUUCAUCCUCUUCCUCGUCGGCGUGAUGCUCCUGUCCGAAGGUGGCCACCUCGCUCACAUCAAGGCGUUCGGCCACGAAAUCCACAAGAUGCAGAUGUCGACCUUCUACUUCGCCAUCGUCUGCCUCGUGCUCGUCGACAUCGCCCAGGGGCGCUACCAGAAGAAGCUCGACCUCGAGCGCGCUGGUGUACGCAAGAAGAAGCAAAAGGACAGGAUCGAGAACGUCGAAAAGGACACCGAAGAAGAGAAAUCCUGA